CGCCGAUUACAACGAAACACCAGCGAUAUAAAACUUUUAUUUGACAAAGUGUCAUAAGGACCGCGUGACGCCGUCGACGCAGACGCCAUUUCGCAAAAAUAUUUCAAGCGAAAGUAAAAUUGUUUACUGUGCAUAAACGAAUAAGCCGUCGUCGUCGCGCAACUCAACGAAAGCGAGAAUCCUCAGCGUCAGGCUGUGCGUUGCUCAUACGCACUGUGUGCCGCCGGAAUUGUGCACUUUCAGCUAUUUGGGCAAAAACAAUAUGAAAAGGUGUUGACUGUGUGUGUGCUCUGCACAUUCAAGUGAAAGUGCCACAGUUUGCAGUAUUUCUGCCUAAGUGAACAUUUUCCUCCAAAAAAUUGCACACGAACAACGAAAACAACAACAACAACAACAGCAGCAGCAAGAAAAACAGGAAGUGCAAAGACACCAAAACCAACAGCACAGCAUGCGCUUGUGGAAGAAUCGAACCAAAAUGCGAAUUGCCAAAAUGGGCAUCACGCUCCCAGCGAGCGCCAUGUGCUCACAAAUGAUGACACAAUUCAUCCUUUUUGCCGUUUUCUACAUAACAAUCGCAUCACAUCCACAGACGACAGUCGCAGCCACCAGCAAUUACGAUGGAAGAGCACAGUUUAGCAGCGUCAGCGACAAGGACAUUGAAAACGACGCAGUGGACACAUCAUCGGUCGAUGCAUACUCCACCGCAGGUCAAGUGUUGUCGCCGUCCUCCCUGCUCCCAGAGGCCGCUGCACUGUCGGCGACAGCCACUCUGGUCGAACCCUAUCUGGAUGGCUAUGCCACGUCCAAUGUGACAACACAAAUUGGCACACACGCCUAUCUGCCGUGUCGGGUGAAACAACUUGGCAACAAAUCUGUGUCCUGGAUCCGACUGCGCGAUGGUCACAUAUUAACUGUUGACAGAGCUGUCUUCAUAGCCGACCAGCGAUUUCUGGCGCUCAAGCAGCCAGACAAAUACUGGACCCUGCAAAUCAAAUAUGUGCAGGCGCGCGAUGCUGGCGCCUACGAGUGCCAGGUCUCCACAGAGCCGAAAGUGAGCGCCCGUGUGCAGCUCCAAGUUGUUGUUCCUCGCACCGAAAUACUUGGUGAGCCGGAUCGCUACGUCAAGGCUGGCAGCAAUGUCGUUCUGCGUUGCAUAGUUCGGGGCGCUCUGGAGCCACCCACAUUUAUAAUGUGGUAUCAUGGCGCUGAGCAACUGGCCGCCGACUCGCGACGCCAUCGCACGCAACUAGAUCCAAAUCUACCCGAGGCCAAUGGCGAUGGCCAGAGCACGAUCGGCUCAUUAAUCAUCGAGUCGGCCAAGAAACGUGAUACUGGCAAUUACACAUGCAGCCCGUCGAACAGCCCCAGUGCGACCGUAACGCUCAACAUUAUAAAUGGUGAAUCAUCGGCAUCGGCGGUAACCUCAUCGGCACCCAUCACCCGGGCAUAUACUGUGUGCAUCGUAGCGCUGCUGUUGAGCGUUCUAAUAAUCGGAGGUGGACAUCGAACAUGACAUGUGACUGGCAAGCCGCUUGUUCGGAAUUUGUAAGCAGCUGCACUGGAAGGAUAUGGAAGCCAGAUAAUUGGCAUCGGUAAGCGAAUACUCUGCCAACAAAAGUAAAAAUUAUAUAAAUAAAUUCAUAGCAACAAUUAUAAGAUAAAUACCACAGACAGAAUAAUCCAAUGCAUGUUGUA